AUGUUUACAAGGCAUUUUCAGGGUCACGGGUGGAGAUGGUCGCUUGUUGCACUGUCGUGGCUUCCUGUUGUGGUCACUUUUAAUGAAAAUGUAUGCCACAUUGCAAAGAUCGAAGGGUCAUCCAUGAGACCGACUUUAAACCCCAAUGAAUGCAGUUCGUCUAGUGACUGGGUACUCCUAUGGAAAUUCAACAUCAGAAACGCGUACAAUUUGAAUCGAGAUGAUGUUAUCCUCUUUAAAUGCCCGACAGAUCCAACAAAAACAUAUUGCAAAAGAAUCAAAGGUAUUCAAUAUGACUCGAUCAAGACAAGGUACCCUUACCCUCGAGAAAUAGUUAAUAUUCCUAGGAGCCACCUAUGGGUGGAAGGAGAUAAUGUCUUCCAUUCUGUUGAUAGUAAUGAUUUUGGUCCAAUUUCCGCCGGUUUGGCGAUAGGUAAAGUCAUAAAAGUUAUAUGGCCACCUUCACGUUGGGGGACUGAUGUUAAAUCGACUACCGGAAGACAGCAGCUAAUUACAAAUCAGGCAGACUAA